UAGUGUUGAAUAAAAUAUAGUCUUUCUAAACAACAAAAGGUGAAACAUGCAGGAGCUCAAGCAACGUUUUGAGCGACGCCAGUUGGCGGAUGACCUGAAACAAAAACAGGUAAUCCAGGAUCAUCUGCUGCAGAAAAUCCUGUACUCAAAGCGCCUGCUGGUGGACCAUGUGGAGGCACUGGAGCACUGCAUGCAGGAGCUGCAGACAGCCUCCAGUGCGAGUUCCGGCCGGCAAUUGCUGACGACGAGGAACGCCUGCCUGAUAUUGGGUGGCACUCUGUUGGAGCACCUGAUAACCCCACGGGGCAUCCGGUACACCAUGGUUCCAUCCAUCCUCAUUUCGGGUACCUUUGCUGCACUGUUCGCUGUGAAGAGCGUCUUCGUUUGCCGCAACAAAAUCGUGGAACGGAAGUUGGAGCAACUGGUCAAGACCAUCGAUGAGUUCGGCAACUGCAUCCGUCGAAAUAUGACGUACUUUCAGGAGAUCAUCAUCAUGAAACAGGCCGAGCUCAUAGAAUCCCGUCAAAUUGAGCGCGCUUGGGAUUGCAUAACGGCCGCCAAGGAGGUUACCGAAAUCCUGUACGAUGCCACCCGAAAACUGGAGACGGACUAUCCCCUGCCGACAAAGUACAGCGCCUACUAUGCGCCCAUGGAAGAACUGCGGGAGUGCGAGUACUUCAAGAACAAUGUCACGGACUACAGUCCCAAGCACAUAAAAGACUUUCACAACAUCUUCGCCUAUGUGCAGUCACAAUACCUGCUCCGGCUGGCACUCACCAUCACAACUCGUCCCUCGAUCUCUCAGCUGAGCGAGGAUCUGGUGAAAAUCGACAGCCUGGUGAGGCAGUUGGUACAAGAGGAGGAGCAGCACUUCAGUAAUCUAGCAUUAGCCCUGCAGAACAAGAAGCAAUUGGAACUGGCUGAGCUGAAUGCGACUAGAGCAGAGCAACAGCAGAGUGGACCAAUUGCUGUGCUGCAGCACUCCUCGCUAAAACUAAGCGCCUGCAUGGUGGCCGUGGCCGCAGAAUGUCAAGCUCUGGACGUGACUCUUCAAAAACUCACUGUCACAGAGGCGGCAAAAAAGAACAACUCCAAGGAGCUGGUGGCUGUGGCCAAUAAUAUGCAUGGCAUCGAAAAUGCCUUGGCCGUUUGCUGUGAUGAUUUCCAGCGAUUGAUGCUGGUCUACAACAAGUUCUUGCACAGUCAGCUGGAUUUGGAAGGAGAGUUGCCGAAGCCCAAGCAGGAUCUCGACGAUGAAUUCCCCGAGAGCAUUCUUAGGGUUGAGUUCUCGCAGAACGUGGAUGCUCCGCAGCAGAGGGAUGACUUUUAUGCAUACAUGUACGAUGAAAACGAGGAGCAGCACUUUGAAGCUGAGCAGAAUGCACCGUUUCCCUCGCCGGAAAAGGAACUGCUUAACUUCGAGAAGCGUAUUACCAAGGGAAGGUUUAAGCCUGUCCUCAAACAGCUGAAAGAUCGCAUCGAUCCCAUCAGACAAGUUAUGCUGGAAAAGGAGCGUGAGGUUCUGGCCUCUAAGGGCAUAAAUGUGGACGAGCUGUUUGGCAAAAUGGAAAGAGUCGAGCAGCAGCAGGAGGACAAUCGCUUGGCGGAUGCCGCACCCUUACCUGUCUACGAAUCCUCCAGCAACUCAGAUUCGGACUCUGCUGACGAAGAGGCAUUCAGGCGACGCAGCAAACAGCACAAGGAGCGUGAUAAUUUUGCUGAAAUGCGUCAAUUUCUUGCUCAGAAGCAGGCUAUUAAUCUGUUUAAGCUACCACCACCACCUGUGGCCGCCGGUGGGGAGGAGCUGCUUGAAAGUGAAUGCUAGACGGGCUGGCUGGCUGUUUGUUUUGUUGUUCACUAGCCUGUUAUCUGGAUAUUUGCUCUGAAUAGUUUAAGCUUUUAUCAUUUAUCUAGCCAAUUGGAGAGAUAGACCGCUCGCCAAGCGACGCCACAUCACCCCGAACACAACUUUCUGCCUUUCGGUUGUUCCUCGUUUUGAUGUUCCCUACCAUUUUUAUAACUAAAUAAAACAUAGCAAAACAAAAUAAAACAAAGCAAUGAAUAAAUGUUAUUAAGUAGGCCAACUCUACAUAAUACAUAUGUGAAAGCAAUUGGAAAAAAUUCAUUUAAACUAUUUGAAUCGGCAAUUCGUUUUGACACUUGCGUUUAAGGAACUUAAUUACACUUUUAAUUAAAAAUCAUUGUUAAAAAAAAAACAUAAGUUUGGCAAUCACGUUACCGAUAUAUGUAUACUCUAUGUAAAGAACUGUAAUUGAAAUUAAAAAUCUUUUAUUACACACUAAUGUGCGGAUCUUAAGUACAAUACAC